AUGCCAGUAACCUUUUCACCUACAUCCUUGCAUGCUGAAUCCUUCCUGCUAACCGUCGCGUCUACAUCGCUCUCUCCUUCAUCCCUCCUGGCCUCCGCCUGCCCCCAACAAUCCCGCCUCUGUGCCUCCCUCCUCCAAUCUUCCCUCCCAGCUGAGUCCCACAACACCGUUCCAAAACGAAAUGGUCUCGUGCACACCAUAGUCGAAGCAUACAAUAGACACAGACACCUCUGCCUCCGCCCAGAUGACAUAUGGACCACCAUCCUCAUCCAAUUCAAUUUCUUCGUCAACAGGCGGAGUGAGCAGCUCCGGUCUCAGUUCGUUGCGCAUAAGGGGAAGAAGGAGCUUGUUGUCUAUGCACAGGGGAAUCGGUAUACCGUCAAUUUCGGCGCCAUGGCAAAGGAUAUGAUGCGGGAGUUGGAGAAGAACAUUGUAGAUCCGUCGUUGCAUGCGUGGAUCCUCCCGAAAUUCAGCACAACAACUAUGACAGAUACGAUUGUUGUGUCGGUCAUUAUGAUGUCGAGCAUGAAAAAGUAUUUUGACUACAAGUUCGGUCUUUUCGUGGCGGUGUUUGAUAACCCUACAAGUAAGGAGAAUAAAGAGUUCUGGGGGAAGGUGUGUCAUCGCGAGGGUGGUGGGAGCAGCCUGACUUACCUUGGCGGAUGGGUGACAGCGUUUUGCACGUUUGAUGAGGAUGGGAAGUGGCUUGGUCACAAAUUCAAAGAAGGAAUCGUGGAGGCGGCAUCAUUGGAAGGAGCAGACCCUACCACCCUGUUGGCAUCGGAUUUCUUUGCCACCUACAAGCAAGUCAAACCAUUUGUUUUUUGUUCAAGUUUUCUUUCUUCCGUUCACCUCUCUGGCCAACCCUCUUGUGACUCUCAGGCCCAUUCCUACUCAUGCAACGUUUGUGAAUCUGUACACUGA